CUCUCGUGCUCUUGCAAGCCUUACGCUGGCACGGCGAACACCGCUCUCUCUCUCUCUCUGCUCGUUUCCGGCACGCUGCGAGACGUGCGUCGGGUACCAUCACACCGUAAAAACUGCAUCGCGAAUUACGCCGUCUCGAAAAAUCCAUUUCAGGACGAAUGGUUUCAUUAAAAAAAAACAACAGCCAGGUGUUCGCGAGCCCGCAAAAUUGAUCGAUGUCGUGUCGCUCGAGACUUUCGUUGCUCAGCCUCGGAGAACGGCUCGGAGAUCUAUUUGACAGAACAGCGAGAAAACGUGAAACCUAGUUCUUAUCUAGUUGAUCGUGCCACCGUCACGGAUAUAUUAAACAUUAAACAUAAAUAAGAACAAGAACUUGCGACGACAAGAAUUUGGAGCCUAAAGUUCUUUCCUGGAGAAAGCAGACGGCCGAACGAGUCGAUGAGUAUACACCGCGACGCAGUGUUACUUCCUACUUCUGUCUCGAUCUUUUCUGGCUGGAAAAUAAAUCAAAAUAUCCAGAAGCGGUGAAACUGUUUCGCGUUUACGAUUUAGUUUUAUUGUAUCAUUAAUUAAUUACGUGAUUGCCAUUGGAAACUGUCACAUAAAUCUGCGAAAAAAAUUUCUAUCACUGGCGAUUUCUUAAUGUUAAUGUAUUAGAAAAUACGAUUAAGAAAUUGACAUUGUAAGAAAAAGAGAAAAUUGUCCGGAUCCGGAGAACAACAAUUUAUCGAUCCUUUUUCCGUCGAUACGUGGAUAGAGACUUUCUUUGCUUCUUGCCGGUCUUAUCAUCGAGUUGAAGUAAAACGGCAGGAUGCGAGCUUGAUGUCUUCGUGUCUUCUUGAUGCGAUCCACCGUGGCACGACGGAUUUCUAACCGUCCACGAUGAUGGAAGACUUUUAAAGAAGUUUCCGGGAUUGUCCAGAGACGUGAGAUGAUUGGCAAACUUCUUCUGACUUUCUGGAUAUUACGAUGGAUCAGUUUCUUCGCGGACCCCGUUGUGGGACAGGUGUUUUCGUCUUUCGAAGAGAGUUUGGACGAACAGAACGACGUGGAAAUUUUCCGCGCCGUUGUCGAAUCAAUGAGACAAUGGGCGUUACACAAAAAGUUUCAUCACAGAGCGAAGAGAGAAGUGUCUAAGGUUUGCUAUGAGGAAGUCGGUUGCUUCGAGGAUACCGAGCCCUUCAGUUAUUUGGAAAUGCUACCAUCACCGCCAAAGGACGUCGGAACCAGAUUCUUCGUAUACGGAAGUAGAAAAGCCAGAUCAAUCCCUAUGGAAGUACCCGCCGAUGACAUAAACGACAAUGUACACCGUGCCAUAGAUCCCCAUCUGCCCACCAAAGUAAUCGUGCAUGGAUUUGGAAGCAAUUGCAAAUACUUGUGGGUUUACGAUAUGAAAGCUGCGCUAAUGAGCGUCCAGGACUGCAAUAUAGUUUGCGUUGAUUGGGGCCCUGGCAGCGCUGUGCCUAAUUACGUUAGAGCAGCAGCUAAUACACGUCUCGUGGGUCGACAGUUGGCAAAAUUAAUUCGCAGCUUGGACGUGCCGUUAGAAAAGGUGCAUUUGAUAGGCUUCAGCCUAGGCGCUCAUGUAGCCGGAUUUGCAGGUGCUGAGCUCGGAAAUGUGUCCAGAAUUACCGGAUUAGAUCCUGCCGGACCGCUUUUCGAGUCGCAAGAUCCAAGGGCUCGGCUGGAUGCGACGGAUGCAAAUUUCGUAGACGUUAUUCACAGCAAUGGCGAGCAGCUCAUCUUAGGAGGACUAGGUUCUUGGCAGCCCAUGGGUCAUGUGGACUAUUACCCGAAUGGUGGUAAAAUGCAAAGUGGAUGCUCAAACAUCUUUGUUGGUGCCGUCUCUGACAUCAUUUGGUCGAGUACGGUUGAGGGCAGGUCACUAUGCAAUCAUCGGCGGGCGUACAAAUUUUUCACCGAUUCCAUUAGCCCGAAAUGCCGAUUUCCGGCUUUCCCCUGCGAUUUCGGCUACGAAGGCCUGUUGAGGGGAGAUUGCUUCCCCUGCGGCAUGAACGGCAUAGAUCGACCCUGCGGCGACAUGGGCUAUUACAGCAACGAGUCGCCUGCCAGGGGUCAACUCUUUCUGUUGACGAGAGAGGAAGAGCCCUUCUGUGCCCAUCAGUAUCAAAUCAAAGUGUACAACAGCCGCAGCGAGAGAUCCGUCAAAAGCUACGGCAAGCUUCAGGUUACGCUCGUGGGAAAAGGCUCCUAUAAUGACACGUUCGCGAUGACGCGCAAAGAUGAAGAACUUUUGGUAGGAGCCAUUCUUCAGAAAAUCGUUGUGCCGCAUCCUGCGAUCACUAAUCUUGAAGCAAUUGAAAUCAAAUACACGGCAUACAGCGGCUGGAUAUCGUCUGGCUUGGUGUUUUGGACCAUCGACAAGGUGGCCAUCCUCGACAGUUCCGGCAAAUCCUUGUCGAUCUGCAGAAAAAGCUUGAUUCUGGAUUCCGGUGUAUCGGUUUACUUACCUCUUUAUCCCGGCGAGUGCAAUAUUCCUUUGGACACUGAAAACUCCACAUCCUUAUCGAUAUCGAUCGAACGCAUGGCGACUGACGAGCAGCAGGAGGGCGGCAUAGGACCUUUCACGAAAGAGCAGAAUUACGAGUCGAAGGACUCCGGAUAUUCCGUGGAGAUAGUCUCGACGGAUCGAAUAACGCAGAAGAAGGGUCUCGGGCCGUAUACGAAGGAGCAGAAUCUGCACAUCGUCGAAAGCAAGACGGCGGUCUUCGAGGACGCGGAGAAACGACGCAACAACGUCGCGAAUCCCUGGACUGUGCUGGACAUAUCGAGCGACGGCGACUCGAAUUCGCUGGAGAACUCCGAGUCCGAGAGCGGGCGAGGCUUCUCCGGCGGCGCCAGCAAUCUCAUCUAUCGCACCUCGCCAACGGCGGAGCGAGUCGCCGAGAGUACCGUUGCCGCCGUCGUCACCACGGAUCUCCUGCCGGAGAUCAGAGAACCGGUGCUGCGUCCGAGCAAGAAGGAGGCCGGCCGGUCGCUCAAGCUGCCCGAGAUCACCGAGCCGAUUUUACGUCCGCGCGCUACCAGGCAGAACGCGCGGAGCGAGGCGGUGGCGCAGCAGCAGCAGCAGCAGCACGACGAGAUACAGGAGACCUCAUCGACCUCCACUAGAGCCUUCACCGUGCAGUUCCUGCCCGAGCGACUGGCCAGCAUCCUGGCGCAGGCCGAACGGUACGCACGGCAGACCCUGCUGCCGCUGAUCUCGCAGUACACGCCGAGCUUCGUCACCGGCAUGCGACACGACGAGCCCAAGUACUUUCCUCUCUUGGGCGACUUGACGCGGCAGAAGAGCGCCGAGGUCGACAAGACGAACGACCGGCCAAGGAAUAACAAUCAAAUCACGCGAACGAAUAUCGGCCAGCGCAAAUCGGACAAUUCGUCCGUACGCUCUGAAGAAGAGUCCACCUCGAGCGCGCAGACCGAGAACAGCGAGGGCGAGUAUACCGUGUCGAGAGCCGAAGUGCCGCCAGUGAUAGUCGAGGCUGUGUACCCGGAGAAAACAGCGGAUGCUAAUUUCACCGAACUCGGGGCGAGGACGAUGGCGGCGGAGACGCGGCGCGAAGACAGCGGCUGGCGUCCGAUCGGCGAACGGACGACUACUUCGAAGGGCAUUUCGCCACGGAGGGACUUGAACGUCUCGCGAUCGCUAGACUGGUCGGUCGGGUAUAAUCGUGACUGGAGCUCUUCGCGAACCGCAAACUCGGAAGCGGAUGUCAAAGCUGACGAUGAUUGGGUGCCGAUCGUGGUUAAAAGCGACGCUGUUCAGACGACGACGCGAAGCGCGACGUCGAAGGAAGAAUCGUCAAUGACUUCUCCGGUGAAAGAAAUCGAUGACGGAAAAAAUUCAAAGAAAUCUGAAGCCUUUGAUGAGAAGGAAGAAGCCACCUCCACGAGCACGCACGAAAGAAAAUACAUACCUUUGCUUGAUUUGGAAGAGACGACCGGUGAUUUGCCCUCGUCGACCGAUUCUCACAUUUCGGAGUCCACGACGAUUGCCUCGCACAUUCAAAAGAUCCCGAGAGUCAAGGAAGCGUCGGUGAAAAGUGCCAGGACGAUGAUGUUCCCAUACGCUUACGAGCGAAGAAACGAUCCCAGGACGAGAUAUAUACCGCUGGUUCCGGAAGAGGAUAUGGGCAAGCCUUAUUCGCUGGAUAUGGAGAAAGAUCGUUAACAUUACAAACGCUGCAGACUGAUUAAAAAGAUAAGAUUCGGUUGUUCAACGCAAAAGGUUCGCGAAAUUUUUCUGCGGUUAUUAGGAUCGUUAAGACUUAAUGGCUCUAGAAAAAAAACUGUGUAUUCCUUUGUUUUUUUUUCUGGUAAAAAUCGGGAGCCCUUAACUUUAUUAUCUUUGUAUAUAUAGGAGGAAUUUUUUACAUAGCUAUAUAUACGACACACACAUAUAUAUAGCUUCGCCUUUUUACUAUUAAGUAUUAUAGCUAUUAUUAUCGCCCUCUCAAUCGCCAUUGUUUCUUUUUUUUUCUUCUUCUCGCGCUUAUUUAUGUUCGAAUUUUAAUAAUCGAGCGUUCUUUCACCAAUGCUCAUUAUUAUUAAACUUUUGUUGUAUAUAUCUUUUGUUGUAUAUAUCUAGACAACCAACAUGGAGAGCCACGAGGCAGUCCGAGGUAUCGCGCGUACCCUCUUUUAGUAUAAUGUUAUAUACAGCCAGAAGAGAUGGGACUGCGUGUACUACAACGGUAACAACCGUAGAUUCUAGACAACAGUUGAGAAGUAUGGAAGAGACGAUUUUUUAGAUUUAUAUAUAGAUAUAUAAUCUUUAAUAUAACUGUUUUUACUUAAAAUAAAUAACCCAUAUUUUUUUUUUAAAAAUGCGCCACUCGGUCCGCCAACUUCGCUUUCUUAUUAUUUUUUUAUGCUCUUCCCGCUCACUCACUCAUUCGCACUCGCAACACGUAACCUCGUAAUGCCAUCAUUCGCGACCACGCAUUUUUAUUGCCCUCUCGACCGGGUUGAAACUCAGGAUAUGCCCAUAUACUCCUGAUAUGUCCGCACGCUUAAGAAACUAUCUCGUUCGCAGUCCUUCCUUCGCUUCGACUGUUCAGGUACCGAUUGGCGCAUCGAGGAGAAACAGAGGGUCUCGACUCGACGAGCGAAAAUUAAAAAGGACAGAAGGAAGAAACGUAAAAAGAGACUCCGCACAUCGGCGCGCAUCCCCAUUAUACACGAGGAAGAAGAGACUGCGAAUGUCGUUGACCGCGAUUUCGAGCUUCUCUGCUUACAUACAAUGUAUUACAUUAACGAACGCACAGUCUUAUGGAGUAAACCCGUGAGCGAACUUCGACAAGUAAAAAGGUAUUUAGUCUAUCACUCUACAAAACGUAGAUUUGGUUCGACUCGUCGUCUGAGCGACGAAACGAUUUUACGUUAUAUAUGCGGAAGUCGUAGCUAACUCUAUAUAUCGUUUUGGACGUAUACACUUUCUUCCCGCAACACACAUACAUACAAACAGGCGCGAUGCACCUCGACUCAUACUAUCUAGCACGCUCUCACUCUUGCGUUUUCCAUUGUAUAAAUAUCCUGACGUUCAAGAGGAAAAAAAAAGAAAAAGAAAAAGAAAAA